AUGGACAACAUCGACGAGGAAUAUGACCGGCUCGUUGAACACCUUCACGACUGCGCGAAGAAGGCUGAGAGUUCUAAAACCACCAAGAGACGCCUGUCUCUUGAAACUCUUGAGCUGAUACGCCAGCGUGGAGCAGCACGAGCCGCAGGGAACCAAGAACUCACGUCCGUGCUCGCAAGGCUUUGCAGAGAGGCGAUAAUGGAAGACCUUAAAGAGAGAAGAGCAGAAGUACUGGCUGAAGCUGCAGAGGCGGGGAAAAGCACCCGCUAUACCCGUCGAGACUUCGCCAGUCGCAAGACGAGGAUGACUGCUCUCCGGAACCCGAAGGGAAAAACCAUUGUAUCGAGAAGGGGGAUGGAGAAAAUCAUCUACGACUUCUACUCUGAUCUCUUCGAGAGCCAUGUCCACGUGCCUUCUCACGAUCUGAGGGAAGAUGGACAUGUCAUUCCAGAGGUUCUCCCGUACGAAGUACGACGUGCUAUCAUGUUGGUAGGAAAUCUUACAGCAUCCAAUCUAGACGGCGUAAGACCAGAACACCUGAAGAACCUUCCGCCAGUACUCAUCAACACCCUGGCUCUUUACACGUUAUCUGUCGGAAUGCAAGGUUCCUAA